GGACGUUGUCAGUCGACCCACCACUUUGCGUAGCUUUUUUACGUAGAGCUGUGUUGUGGCUGGGAGGCGAGAGAAGUUUACAGUUUCAUUCAUCGUUAUUUCUAAAAACAACAGCCAUUAAAUACAGAUCGGUGCUCACUGAGAGCGAUUUCUGAUGUCGGAUUGUUAGUCUCUACGCUUUGAACCCGGAAGUGAGUGUGGAGGAAGCUCCUGUCAUGCUAGUGUUAGCUUGUAGUAGCUUGAUGGUGUGUUUACAGUUCACUGGCGUUUUAUCAACCUGCAUUUCAAACACAAGGCUGACGACCUACACGCACUAAGACAGUAACAACUAUUAGAAUCAAUCAAUGGUUGCUUCGACUGGAGCUACAUUUCACGUAAGGGCUUCUGUGCAUACCAUCUUCUGAAAGUCUUUACUAUGGAGUUUCUCCCAGUGCUUGAGCCCCUAGAUAAACCCAAACAAGACAUGUGGUAUUCUCUGAUGCCCAGGGGGAGCGCUCCAGGAGUCGGUGUGGGUCACACCUGCACAUUUACUUCAUCUGGAGACGGAGACAAAGGGAGAAUCCUGAUUGUUGGAGGAGCCAACCCCAGUGGAAGUUUCUCACAUUCACAUUUCAUAAAUCUAGAUAAUCAUGAAUGGGACAUUCCGGAGUGGGAGGGUUUGGAGGCACGAUAUGAACACUGCAGCUUUGUGCCAGAGAGCUGCCCACAGAGCCUGUGGGUGUUUGGGGGUGCACAGCAGAGUGGCAAUCGCAGUUGUAUCCAGAAUUUACAGCUAGCAGACAGUAGGGCUCACUGGAAGGACGUAUCAGUAAAAGGGACGCCCCCUAGUCCGAGGACAUAUCACACCAACUCAGCCUGCCUCGGGGACACAUUGUAUGUCUUCUCUGGAGGUGAAGCAGGAGCUUCCCCUGUGUCUGACCAAAAACUUCAUGUCUUUGAUGCAGUGUCUUUCACCUGGUCCCAACCAGAAACACAAGGCAGACACCCACCCGCCAGACACGGCCACAUUAUUGUAGCAGUGGGUUCGAAGAUCUACAUUCAUGGAGGCAUGGCUGGAGAAAAAUUCCACAAUGACAUGUACUCUCUCCACACAGAGAGUAUGAAGUGGGAGAAAGUGCAGACAAAAGGAGAUAUCCCACCUGGAGUUGCAGCCCACUCAGCUGUGGUGCUGGGGAAGAACAUCUACAUCUUUGGAGGGAUGACUACAGAAGGAGCCAGUAACUCCAUGUACAGAUUCAACACAGAAAAAGCUAGAUGGUUCCUAAUGACAUUCAAAGGAGAUAUGCCACCCAACCGCUUGGACCAUUCCAUGUGUUUGUUGCCCUGGAAGGUGCAUGAAGAAGAGCAGGUCAACAGCCCUGCUGCCACAGAGACGAUACAUCUGGCCUUUGUGUUUGGAGGGAUGGACACAACAGGUGUCAUACAUAAUGACUGUAUUGUGACUGUUGUGACCUGAUGUUUGUAAUAUUCAUAUACUCAAGUUGUAAUAAAAUGUUUUGAUUCCAUUGUGAUAUGGUCAAUGUGUUUCUAAGCCUUGUAUAAAUAUUGAUGCUGUAAACAUUGUUGAGCAAAUACUGAAAUAAAUCAGGGGAAUUGAAACAG